GCUCUUCUGUUCCCAAAGGAAAAAGCCCUAGUAGCUGAGGAGCCGCCAUGCCGCCCAAAUUCGAUCCUUCUCAGGUUGUCGAGGUUUACGUUCGCGUCACCGGCGGCGAGGUAGGGGCCGCAAGCUCCCUUGCCCCGAAGAUCGGUCCGCUCGGCCUCUCCCCCAAGAAGGUCGGAGAAGACAUCGCCAAGGAGACGGCCAAGGACUGGAAAGGACUCCGUGUCACCGUCAAGCUGACUGUUCAGAACCGGCAGGCCAAGGUUUCCGUCGUUCCUUCGGCGGCUGCGCUCGUCAUCAAGGCCCUUAAGGAGCCCGAGCGCGAUCGCAAGAAGACUAAGAACAUCAAGCACAACGGGAACAUCUCGCUUGACGAUGUAAUCGAGAUUGCAAGGGUCAUGAGUCCCAGAUCUAUGGCUAAGGAUCUUAGCGGCACCAUCAAGGAGAUUCUGGGGACGUGCGUCUCCGUCGGCUGUACCGUGGAUGGGAAGGAUCCCAAAGACUUGCAGACGGAGAUCACAGAAGGGGAUGUUGAAGUACCGCUUGAGUAAGUAUCGGAUUCUUAUGUGUUACUGGGUUUGAUAUUCUGUUUUCAUCUUUCGAACAUUUGGACAGUUGAAAUCUUAUUUAUCAUCGCAGUGUAUUGUAACUUAAGAAGGAUUCUGAGCGAAUGUUUCUUUUAGAAUUAAGAGUUGUUUUAUCUCAAUGUGGUUUAGUAAUCUUAUUUUUUUGACAUUGUUCAACACUGAUUGUUGAGAA